ACCUGGGUGCUAGGAGGGAAGAGAAACUGUUUGGCAUCUCACAGUCAUGGAUUCACUAGGCUGGUGAGGGGAGGGCAUAUCUGCUGGAAGCAGUCCACGGAAGACCGUUUUCUGAGGGGCCAAGCAUGACCCUCACAAAUUGAGAAGAAACUGAAGAGAAGUAACCAAAACAGGACCUUCAAAACUCCGGAAGAUGUGUGACCAGCCAAAAUACAGUUCAUGCUGCCAGUCAAAAACCCAGUGCUGCUCACAGAGGCCCCCGUGCUGCCCACAGAAGCCCCCAAGCUGCCCGCAGAAGCCCCCAAGCUGCCCGGAGAAGCCCCCAAGCUGCCCGCAGAAGCCCCCAAGCUGCCCGCAGAAGCCCCCAAGCUGCCCGCAGAAGUCCCCAAGCUGCCCGCAGAGGCCCCCAUGCUGCAUUCAGUCCAAGUGUUGCUCUCUGGAACCUAACCCCGAGGGCACUUGCCUUAAGAAGGACUCUGAGCCCACAACACCCCAAACUCAGGACAAGAACUUCCAAACCGAACAGCAGCCCCAAAGUCCAAAACAGAGGCCCAACCCAGGUGUGCUGGGGCAGAAGAAGCCAAACAAGUAGAGGGGUCAUGUCCAUCGCCUGGUGGGGUCAGGCGAGGCCUACAUUUAGAAAAGUUAUUUCUCACUGACAAUCAUUUACUCCCAAGCAGAAGCCCCUACUUCCCUUCACUGCUCCCCACCGGGGGCCCAACUAGAAAUGAAGCUGAUGAAGCUAGAACCGUCUCUCCUAGUGACCCUGACAUUAGAUAGCACAAAAAUAAAAGAGCAUUAAAAAGAA